GAAGUCUGUGCAGUGAUACUGGUGAACUGGUGAAGUGGAAUUGAAAAUAUUUUAUCUUUAAUUACAUAGUUACUCACACCUUAGUGAGACAGCUCAUCGUGAUCAUCGGAUUUUCAGUGAUAGUUUUAUCAGCAUUUCAACAUUAAUUUACAGAGCUUCUGUGACGAGAUUAUUCGCCGACAGGAAGAGGAAUGAGCAAAGCUGACCUCUUUGAAAGACUGUCAUGAAUAGACGAUGUCUGUCCACUACAAAUUCAAGUCAGCGUUGUCAUAUGAUACCAUAACCUUUGAUGGUUUGCAUAUUUCAGUCAAGGAACUGAAGAAGCUUAUUCUGCAUCAGAAGCAGAUCGGGAAAACUACAGAUUUUGAUCUGCAAAUAAUAAAUGCCCAGACUGAUGAAGUUUAUGACAAUGAAAACACAUUGAUCCCAAAAAACUCUUCUUUGAUUGUUAGUCGGGUGCCUCUGACAAUACAACAAAAGAAAGCAUGGGAAAGAGCAGAAGCAAACCAGCCUCAACUUCCAUUAAUGAAGGGGCAGCCUCAGGAUGCUCAGCCAAACAGGAUGGUGAAGGGGUCAAAUCUAGCCACCUUGAAUGCAAGUGAAGAAGACAAAAUUCACGUCAUGAUGACUCAGUCAACUCAUGAAUAUGAUCCUAGCAAUUACAUGCGCAUACGUGGACAAAAUCAAAUGGGAGAUGUUCCUGCUUCUUACACAUGUCAUCGCUGCAAUAGGCAAGGACAUUGGAUCCAUGAAUGUCCCUCUACGGACGUGAAUAGGGAUGUUCGAAAAAGUACUGGCAUUCCAUUGAGUUUCAUGGUCCCUGUUGCUGACCCAACCCUACCUGGUGCUAUGAUUACUCCUGCGGGCCAUUUUGCUGUUCCUGCCCUUGAUCAUGAAGCUUACAAAGAAGUUAAAAAAGAACGUCCUCCGUUCCAGCCAGAGCCCGAAAAAGCUGUUGUGGAAAAGCCGAAUAUUCCGGAAGAUCUUGUGUGCUCAGCAUGUCAUGAUUUGUUGACUGAUGCUGUCAUGAUUCCUUGUUGUGGAGACUCAUUUUGUGAUGAUUGUAUCCGAAAUAUUCUCCUGGAAUCGGAAGAUCAUGAAUGCCCUGACUGCAAGGAAAAGGAUAUCUCUCCUGAAACGUUAAUCCCAAACAGAUUCUUGCGCACAGCUGUAAACAAUUUUCGCAAUCAAACUGGCUACAAUAGACAGAGGCCUAUUCAGCCAACCAAAACUGCUGCGCCAGUGCAAACGGAAGAAAGGCCUGUCGAGAGACCUCCAUCUCCAUCCAAAGAAGAGGAGACGCCAGCUCCUGAAAAUGACGACAAUGGUGUUGAAAUAGUUCACGAAGUUCCUAAUUUUUCCAAGUCAGAGCCAGCAGCAACUGGUCAAGCUAUUUCCUCCAUUGUGGGGCAAGCAGUGGUUGCGGAGAAAGGAGGCGAAGGAAGUCAAAUCAAUGUUGUAUCGAAUAGGCCAAGGCCUCCUCCUCACCUGCACCCAGGACACCAUCCACCGCAUCCAUCAAUGAACUACAUGCCACCUCAUCACCAUCAAACACAUGUCCCUCAGUCACACCAAUCAGUCCCUCCCAAUACCCACCCUCCCAGCACUGGUCCCAUUAUCCAUCAUGAAGUCAAACCUCCCCUUGGACGCCCCAAAGUGUUGUCCGCUGAUACUGAAAAGACUUCUAAAAGCCCUAAUUCUACUGUUCCUUCUCAUUACCCAGAGGCCACCCCAAUGUCUACUUCGGUCGUUCACCCUCCUGGUACUGAUAGCUCAAUCCGUCCGCCGGGCCAAGAUUCUCCACCUCCAGACACUGGCAUGAUCAUGCCGCCAGUUCAUCAACCCCCUCCGCCAAUUGAAUGGACCUCCUCCAGGAUAUUCUCUGCCCAUCAUACCAAUGCAGUACGGACCCGGACCACCUAGGCCUGGAAUGCCCAUGUAUUAUGAUAAAGGUAUGAGAAUGCCAGGAUAUCGAAGUAUGCAUCCCAGAGGUAGAAGUGGAAAGCCUUCAUCAUUCUCUAAUUACAGAUAUCCUACUCCACGUGGAGUUGUAUUGAAAGAAAAUGAAGAUCCACUGGCUGCUUUUGAAAGGCAUCUUGCCGAAAAAGAUGCCAGAGACAAGAAACGGAAGCAUCACAGAAAGAGGUCUAGGUCAAGAUCAUAUUCCCGCUCACCUGUCAGACACAAAAAGUCUCGAUCACCUAGGAAAGGCUCGAGGUCGCCCAGGAAAUCUUCUGUGUCUCCAAGAAAAAAGUCCAGAUCUCCAAGAAAGAAGUCUCGCUCCCCAAGGAAAAAGUCAAGAUCACCACGAAAAAACUCUCGCUCUCCGAGGAAAAUGUCUCGUUCACCAAGAAAAAUUUCUUUAUCUCCUAGAGAAGUUCGAAAAGGCUCUUUAUCGCCACGAGGCUCUCUACCUCCUCGAAAGAAAUCUCUUUCUCCCAGAAUGUCUCGCUCACCCAGAAAGCUUUCACGGUCUCCAAGGAAACUUUCUCGAUCCCCUAGGAAACUAUCACGCUCGCCAAGGAAGUCAUCCUUGUCACCGAGAAAGCGAUCACUGUCACCACGGAAAGUUUCACGCUCACCAAGGAAGCUGUCACGCUCUCCUAGAAAAAGUUCUCUUCCUCCUAGAAAACGCACUCUAUCUCCAAGAAAAAGCCCAAUUCCCCCAAGGAAAAUUUCUCGCUCCCCCAGAAAAUCUCGAUCACCAAGACGGAUAUCUCGAUCUCCUAGGAAAGCUUCUAGAUCUCCAAAGAAAUCUCGAAGUGUCUCAAGGAAGCUCUCCCCAAAAAAGAAGUCUCCAAUCAGAAAGAGAACCCGUUCACCAAUCAGUAGGAGGUCAAGGUCUCGCUCCUUUGAACGCCGGCGAUCUAGAUCGCGAUCAUAUUCGUUUUCUUUAAGCAGAUCACGAAGCAGAUCUCCUACCUCUCGGAAGUAUUCUCCCAGACCUUUGAAGCCGAAGCGAGAAAAUUCACUUUCUCCGUACUCUUUAAGGCACAAAGCACAAUCGUAUAGAGAUCGCUCACCCCCACCUUACAAUGAUUCUUUCAAUGAUCCCCCUUACGGUCGUGAGAAAUCCUUCCGUAACUCUCACUUCAGAGGAAAUUUCAACCGUGGUACACGUAGUGGGCGCCACACUCGCACAGGAAAUCAGUUUCAACAAUCCUCAUCUUACUAUCAAAAUAAUACCAUUCCUGAAGAGAACCAGUCCAGGUAUGGUGAUAGAACUCGUGGAGGCAAUUAUAGUCACUCGGAUACUCUCAACUAUAGUAACUCAAGGCGUUUCAAUGACACAAUUAGACCUCCAGGGGAGUCUGGAGACUACUAUGGUAGGGAUCCUGGUUUUGAUGAUAAUCCUCGAAGCCCACGUAGAAGCAAAGAACAGAUCAAAGAACCUGUGCAACGAAUGGAACACCGACAGGAUCGGAAUGAUCAUCGCGGAAAUCGAAAUUCUGAAUGGAGCACACGAGAAGUUGAAGCAGACUUCCGAGAUCGACCAUCUGACUAUGAGGGUAAAGUGUAUUCACGAAAAUCUGCCUCCCCUGUGCACAAGCAUUCUCGAGGACGGCAUGGUAGAGAUUUUGUUGAAGAUAAUGAUUAUAAAAAUGUGCAAGUGUACAGUGCAAGUCGUUAUCCUCCUGAUAACCGAGGAGUCAAUAUAAAUCAUAGUGUGCUAGUUGACGUUAAACGUGAACCUUCCGCCGAUAAAGAUUAUGAAAAAGAAAAGCGCUCAAAAGAUCGUGAGAAGGAAAGAGAAAAAGAGAAAGAGCGUGAAAGAGAACAAAGAGAGAAAGAAAAAGAGAAGGAGAAAGAGAAAGAGAAAAUUAAAGAAAAGAAAAAGAAAAAGUCUGAUACUGAUAAAAAAGAAAAGAAAAAGAAGAAGAAAGAGAAAGAUAAGGAAAAAGAUAAAGAAAAAGAAAGGAAGGAAAAACCAAUAGAUGCAGUGAAUGUUCCAGUAGAGAAUGAUGAUACGACUGUUGCUCCAGUAAUGGCAGAGGAUCAAUUGGAUGAGGAAACGCAGAACCUAGGAAAAGCUGAAGAAAGUUUCAAUAAUGAAAUGGCAAUUUCAGAAACAGAACCAGUACCAAAUACAGAGAAUACGUCUUCCACUGAAGGAGAGGAUUUAAAUAAGACUGAUGAAAAUGUACUAUUAGCAGAAGUUCCGGAAAAAUCUAAAUGGGAAUUAGAUGAAGAUUUACCGAUUACAGAAGACAAAAUGAGUGUAACUCAAGAAAUUGAUGAAAAUACACAAGGUGAAGAUUCAAAAGCUAUCACCUCCGAGGUUUUGAUGCGCGCUGAAAAUGUUAUAUUCCAACGAGGGGAUAGUAAUGCAAUACGCUCGAGUGGUGCACCCAGCAGUGGGUCCAGUAGCAAAAAGUCAAGCCCUGACACUGUCAAAGUACCUAAAGAAGAACAAGUCACUAAAACAAAAGAGGAACCAGUCCUCAAGAAGAAGGAGGAGCCAAUUGUCAAGAAAAAAGAGGAACCAGUUCCUAAGAAAAAAGAAGAGCUAGCUCCAAAGAAAAAAGAUGAAGCAGCUCCUAAGAAAAAAGAGGAAGCAAUCCCCAAGAAAAGAGAGGAAGCGAUUCCGAAGAAAAAAGAGGAGCUGGUCGUAAAGAAAAAAGAGGAAGCAGUCAUUAAGAAAGAGAAAGUAAAAGAAGAACCCCUCGUGAGGAAAGAAGAAGGUGAACUGAAGCUAUCAAAACAGGUCAAAGCCGUUAGUCUUCCUGGUGAGAAGACGAGGAGCUCAAGGGAGACAAAGAAGACAGGUCCUUCUUUUAAUGUCACAUUGCCUGCAAAAUCACCUGUUAAAGAGGUGAAAAUUGUACACAUUGAACCAGAGCAUAGAAUUUCUGCCAAAGAUCGAUUAGGCCCUAAAACCGAUGGUAGUGAUGAAAGUCUUAGAGCAGCCAAGCAUCAGAAAACCUGGGGCUCAGAUCGCAAAUACCUAGAGCAGAGGAUAGUCAUCCAUUCUGACCAUUCUGGUCCAUUUUUAGACAAAUUACCACAACUGGAGAAGAAAGUCCACCAUCAUCAUAGCCAUGACAGGAAAAAAAUCAAAGAUCGCUCUAAAAGUAAGUCACCCUCUCGCCAUAAAUUGAAAAAAGAGAAAAAAUUAGCUCGAGAGGAAGCAAAGAAGCAGAAGCAUGCUGCUAAAGAAGCGGGAAGCCGAGAAUUACACAAAGAGCUCAGCAAUCCAAAGAUAGAAGUUGACCGAAAAAAAUCAAUAACCAUAGACGAGUCGACAUUUGAGCCGGAUUAUGACGCUUUGUCACAUUCUGAGUCGGAGCUGGAGGUCCCUGGCGAGGAAAGGCUUUUAAUUCAUGAACCUAUGAUCAUUAAUGAGAGUGCCGAAGAAGCAGAAGAAGUAAUAUUAAAGAAACGAUCAAGAUCAAAGAGCGAUGAUGUUAGAGAAGCGCAAAGCAAAAGAGUAAAAGUGAUCGAGGUCGUGAAAGCUGCUUCCUCAGCAUCAUCUGAUUCUGAGUCGAGCAGUUCAAGUGAAUCUAGUGAAGAGGAGAAGGAGAAAAAGAAGAAAAAGAAAAAGAAGUCCAAGAAGAAACGCAAGCACAAAAAAAGGAAAGUAGAAGUAUCCUCUGAUUCAGAUGACUCGGAUGAUUCAUCUGAUGAGUCCCUUGUUGAGACAAAGAAGAAGCACAAGAAAAAUAAGAAGAAAACUCAUAAGAAAAAAUCGAAAAAAAAGAAGGCUAAAAAAUAAGUUUUUUUUAUUUCAUUUGCAGAUACUGUAAUUCUUUCAAAAAAUAUUACAGUUUUUCUUUUAAGAUAGUAACAAUGCAGGUCAACAAAACAGAGGCGCUCAGUUUUCAACCAUCAUUUUAUUUUCUGAGAAUUUUCCCCAUAACAACUUGAAUAAAUGGCGGACCCAAAUUUGAAACCUGGAUUUGAAUCAAAUUCAAUUCGUUUAGCGCCACCGAUUCUUAGUUUUUCCUGUAAAUAUUUUUUUAUAAAUGUAUUUUGUGCUCUCAAUCACCCUGUGGACUCGAAGUCUGAUCACAAAGAUGAUACAUCAGAAUAAAAAAGGAAGAAAUUGUUUCCCAUUCAUACUGCAUUUCACAUUUGUUUUGUUUCUUGCCCCAGAAGAUUUUUGUCUCCAAAAUGUAAGGAUCGAUGUAGGUGUUUACUUGAUAUGUGAGUUUUUAUUUGAUCUUUUUUUACUUGGAUCAGUUCCAAAGUAUUUUUUUUUAUCCUUUUUCCCUUUUUAAAUUCUAAUUUUUAUGAGACUGUGUAGGCAUAUCUAAGGUAUGCACACUCCUCUACAUCGAGCUUUACCUUUAUCAUCAAGACACUCAUUUGUUUGGAUUUUUGUCCGAACUUUAUCUUACUUUGGAUGCAAAACUGUAGGUUGUUCUACAUUAACUUUGUUUGUAAAGGCAGAAAGUAAAAAUUACCUUUUUUCUUUAUUUCACAAUGCUAUGUACUCCCCUUCAUUAUGUGAUCCUUUCCUCGCUGAAACUUCUAUUUUCAGACACUUUAGGAACUACUGGGUUUUCUUCUUUGUUGAACACUAACCUCCUGCCUUGAGUUUCCCCAGUCUGGCCGAAUUGUGUCUGAUUUUGCGAUUUUUGUAUUUUAUUCGUUUAUAACAAAAAUAAGUGAAGAAAUGAUUUUCUGAGUUGACCCAAGAUGUUAGCUAUUUUAGAUACUAGUACAGUUACUCUGGUGGAAAAUUCAGGAAAAACCAUAAUAACCACAAAACGAAAAAAGGAAUCUUUCUUUCCAACGCAUGUUUCCAACAAUGUAACAUUUCAGCCAGAGUAAUAAUGAUCACAAAACGAGAGUGCAUAAAUUAAUAACAUUGGUGACACUGCAAAAACGUGAAUCUCUGUUCGCAGCGCUGCAAACUUCCUGUCAUAAUUCAUACCCUAAAUGGUAAAAUACCCAGCAUCAUUCCUUGAAAACUUCCCUGAUCUUUUUGCUUCAUGUAAAGUACACUCUGUGGAAAUUUCAAGCAUUAGUGUUGGUUUCCUUCCCUUUGAUAAAAUAAAAUGAGGGCAGAGAUUUUGAAACACCAAAAAGGAGGUUUGCAUUUUUGCAGUUUCACUGUCAGUAACUAGUAUAUCACAAAAAAAUUUAAAUUCUCAAGAUUGAGUUGGACUCUAUUCCAAUUUUUUUCAGUCUAAAGCUUCAUCACUGCAAAAUUUUGGAUAGUCCGAGGAAUACAGUCAUCUGUUAGAGUAAAUUAAAUAAUUAAAAUGUAACACCUGUGUAAAAAUAUAUUUCCUGAAACGUAUCGAGAACAAAAUGAGAAUUUUCAAUUUUUUUAUGCGGUAAAAUUCAUUUUCAAGUGACAGUGUUUUAUGAAAGCAGUCAAUGAAAAUUUUUUAAUGUAUGCUUUAGUCAGUGCAAAUUUGCUUGUUCUGUAUAAAGAUUGAGGCUGUUAAGAAAUUGUAAAAUGUAAAUUAUUCUUGUAAGUGCAUUACUUUAAUAAUUUUUUUUUUUAAAGUUUCAAACUUUCUACACAUAGAGUAUAUGUCAUUUCAUAAAAAGUUCGAAUAAUAAUUGAAGGAUUAAAGUAUGCAUUUAUCGAGUCAAAGUGAAACAGGAGUAUCAUUUGUAAAAUUGUAAAAUAGGAGAAAGGCUAUUACUGUACGAGUGCAUGCAACAUGUUGACAAGAAUGAGCUUCGGUCUUGCUCUCUUUAACUGAUCUGACGGUGGACAUUAACUUACUAUUAGGCAGAAGAAAUUUGUACAUAUAUUGCUCUGUUUGUUUUUACACCUCUGUAUUUUGUUAGAAAGAGUUGAUUACAUUUAUCAAUAAACAAGUCUAAAUUCCUAAAA